AUGGAGCAGGAGGCGGUCGCGAUCGGCCAUGAUGUCCAGGUCGUGGAUCCGGAUGUGCGCGGUUAUGUGUACAGUCUGGUCACAGCUCUAGGAGGAUUCAAUGGCGAAGAUAUAGACCGAUACGUGCUGGGAGACGAUGCUCUAGCAUGUCUGCGUGAUAUAAAGCGAUGGCUGAAGUUGUACGAUGAGAAGAACAAUCGAAUGGACGUGGCCAGAUGCCUUGGAGAAGCGAACUUGGUUAAUGGUGAUCUGCUUCCGAUUCUGUCGAUCUGGUGGGCUAGCGGUCAGAAGAGCAAACAUUUGACACGAAUUGCUCUGGCAUGCUUGGAACUCCUCGUGCCUCUGACCUGGCCGAUCGAAUUCCAUAGCCAGAUGACUGUCAAUCACCACCGUCACACCCCAUAUCUCCAGCAAACGCAGGUUCAAUACAAACGCGGUGUCCUUAAGCAGGGCGGUUCGAAUCUCCUGCGCGCUGUCAUCCGAAUCGCCCUGCCGAGUAUGGCAGUCCCCAGAUCCGAGCGCGAGGGCCGAGAUGAAGGAAUUUUGAAGUUGAUGCUCUACUUCCUGCGCAAUAUCGCAAUUAUCUCGACCAAUGCACGGCUCGCAGCAGAAGGCGAGGAGGAAGAGACUUCGAGGUCGGCUACCAUAAAUGCAUUCCAGGAACAGGAUGCUUUCGCUCUUAUUUUGACGAUGUGUUCGAAUGUCGGCGACGAUUUCAACAUGCAGGAUGUGGUCCUGUUGGAGAUCUUGUUCCACCUGGUGAAAGGUGUAAAUGCCGAAAAACUGUUCAUGGACGACGAUCAAAGAAAGGCCAAGCGGACGGAUGAGCUGGGCGACUUGCUGCAGAAGGAAUCCCUGGUUCGGAGAGAAUAUGCAAAGAACGCACCCACACGACACGGUCGUUUUGGAACUAUGAUUUGGGUAAAGCGAGACGAUGCGAAGGUUUCUACUGUUUCGGGACAGGAUGUUUUGCGGGAUGACCAGACCACCCUCCACAAGAUGGACCAAAGCAAGAAGUGGAACAAGCCUCGCCAUCGCCGAAGAAAAGAAGACGUUGUUCAGAACAACAACUUCAACAUGCCCGCACACCUCUCUUCCUCUGCCUCAAAGAAUCUGAAGACAUUCGUCGAGGAGUUUUUGGAUUCCGGCUUUAAUCCUCUAUUUACCCACGUGCGGAAGGCCAUUGAGCGCGAAGCUGAAAGAGUUCUCGAUAUCAACACUCGUCAAUUUUUCUAUACUGUCGGCUGGUUCCUUGAGGCGGAACGCGCUCGCCGGGCCUCGCAGAUGAAAAAGCGUGUCCAGGAAGGGAAAAAGGCGAAAGACACAGAGCCUGAUAGUUAUGGCCUUGUUGCUGGAGUCUUGAAUCAGGAAACUUUCAUCACACUGAAUCGAGCCAUGCAAUCAAGCUUCGACAAUAAGGAGUGGGAUGACUUGAACGCCCAAAUGCGAUGUUUCACUCAAAUCCUCCUGACCGUUCAGGAAAUGAAUGCAUCACCCAUUGAAGAGGACCAAGAAAUUGCCGAAAAUAUCCAAAAUCGAAUCUUUUAUGAAGAGACUACGCACGACAGAGUCCUUGCCAUAGUGCGUGGGUACAAGGAUCAAGGAUUCGGCUAUCUUGAUGCUGCCACGGAACUUACCCAUGUUUUCCUUCGAAUGCUGGAGCGCUAUUCCAAAGAAAAUUCCGACAUGCAAAUCAGAUCUCGACGCAAAGCCAGGCGCAAGAAGAAGGCCGAACAGACUGCCGGGCAAGAAGGGGCAGGAAAUGAUGAAGAACAGAAGUCCGAAGACGAGGAGAUGGAAGACGCUGCUCAAGUCAGCAAAGAGCGAGCUUUUGAUUUCAAGCGCUUUGCAGCUAAAUUCUGUGUUCAAAGCUGCGUGGAUACAUUUGUUGCAUUCACCGAAUUCUACCGGGAGUUGAAUUCGGAGCAACUGAAACGUGCGCAUCGUUAUUUCUAUCGCAUUGCGUUCAAACAUGAGAUGACUGUGCUUCUCUUCCGCUUGGAUAUUAUCAACCUUUUCCAUCGAAUGAUCAAAGGCCCUGGUGCAAUGGACAACAGCAAACCAAUCUUCAAAGAGUGGGAGGAAUUGGUUCGCCAAAUCAUUCGACGGCUGGUCAAGAAGAUCGACCAGCGUCCCGCUUUGAUCACCGAGCUCCUAUUCAGCAAAAUGAACUCGACUGUUUUCUAUCUCGAAUACGGACAUGAAAGGCAAACACUGUCUACGGCGAAGCGAGCUCCAGCAGAACUUGAAAUAAUGUCAAAAGACGCCACCACUCGAGAAGCAAAAUUAGGAAUUGUUACUGGCGCACUCGUUCUGGAUGGACGAGGAGAUCUUGUGGAAUGGGUUGUUGAUACUUUGAAUUCAGCCGCUUCUGAACGAGGGGCCUGGGAAGACGAGUAUGAGGCUCGUCGCGCAGAGAAUCCGGAAGCUGCCAAUGCCCCUAACCCUUUGAUUCCCGUCAAACCUCGCGACGAAUUCGUUGAGAAUGCCUUGUUUGCAAAUGCAAAGCUCCGUCUUCUCAUGAACAGCGCCGGAUUCGAGAGACUUGGUGUUGAGGAUAUACCCGGCGCCUCCUGGAUUGUUCCGUCGCGGAUGUCGUCUGUUGAGCUUCGUGAAGCGGCUGCGAGACUGAGCAAGUCAAUCGCGAAUCCCAUCCCCAAGGGAACGGAUGAGGAUCCUCGGAAUAUGCUUCGCCGCAAAAAUGGCUCUGCUCGCCAUAGCCUCGAACAGGCAAAUCUUAACGUCAACUUUGGUUCCGACUCCGAGGGCGAGGAUGAGGUUCCAGAUGGUAUUUUGUUCCCGCCGAACCCACGAUCCAAGUCCAACGCACUGGACGAUCUCAAAAAGAAGCGCAAGAGGAGCAAGAAGAAGGACAACUCGGAGAAAGAGCCUUUAGAUGAGGAAGUCCUGGAGGCACGUCGCGAAGCACGCCUCACUAAUGCCUUGGCCCGUCAAGCUAAGAUCAAGAGUGAUCUUUUCAUUCAUGCCAGUGACGAGGAUAGUGACGAAGAAUCCAAUCGGGAAUUCUUCCGCCUCGAAGAGCUACGACGGAAGAAGCAAGCGGAAAACGUCAAGAAAGCUCUGUUGACUGGACGACUGGAAGAAGCUGGCGGGAAAGGGAAGAAAAAAGCCGGCGCAAAGAAACGUAAGAACGAUACUGGCAAGUCAGCAGCGACCGCGGAGCCCAAACGUCCACGGCAUGGAUCCGGAUCCGUUGCAAGUGUUGAUGAUGACGAUGAUAUCCUUAUGGCGGAUAUGGAAGAUCAAUACUUUCGGUCUCGGCAGGAUGCAUCAACGAGUCGUGGAGCUCGUGAAGAGGAGGAUCAUACCCUUCUUACAUCUGCAGAGGAUGACCUUGAUUUUGACGACGAUCUUGUCUUUAGCCGGGAACGCAAGUCUAAGGCUCAGGCUGCUGAAGCCAAUGCGGAUGAUGAUGAGGAAGAUGUGCCUGUGGUCUCAUCCCGUCGCAUGCGUGGUGGCUUUGUGAUUGAGAGUGAUUCGGAGUAA